AAACACUUUACUAGAUAUAUUAUAACGGAACCAUUUCCGUGUUUUCUUCUUUUUUACCUGCACCCUUCUCUAUCCGUUUUCUGAUAUCAAUUACAUGCCAUACAAUCGUACCUGUACCCAAUAAUUCCUUUCGGUUGCUAUAUUCCCCCAGGUUGGACGUACGCCAAUGGAACAGGAAAUAAUAUCCCAACCGCAGCCACACAGGCCCCCUGAUACAAUUUCAAGCAAGAAAGAGACAGAUGAUCGAAUUACCGAGGUCUCACCUGAAAAACACGAUGUUGAGUCUGGUCGUACUGCCGACAGUGCCCAGGCAGGAGUACAGCGAGCAGCAAUACUACGAAAGACGUGGUCUAAAAAAGCUAUGAUAUUUACAUUCACGGGUAUCUUCCUAUAUACACUCGCUACGCACUUUGGAGAUUAUUCCAGCCAAGUUUACAUUCCGUACACCACAAGUACCUUCAAGAACCACUCUUCGAUGAGUGCAGCGAGAGUUGCUAGUAAUAUCGCAAGUAUUACUGCAUAUCCUAUUAUUGCUAAAGUUGGAGAUGUAUUUGGGAGAGCCGAAAUGUUCACCUUUUCCAUCCUGAUAACCACAUUAUGUUAUGUCAUCUACGCUGCGUGCACUAAUAUAUCGCAAUAUGCUGUUGCUGCAGUCUUCCACUCCGUCGGUUCCACGGGCUUCGGCCUCACGCAGCAGGUCUUUAUUGCUGAUGUUACAAACUUAAUCAACCGUGGUCUGUGGUCAACGUUGCCCGACUCAAUAUCCACCAUACCGACACUAUACCUUGGGACGACGAUUGGCCAAUCCGUGUUGGACUACUCCACCUGGCGCUGGGGCUGGGGUAUGUGGGCUAUCGUACUUCCUGUUUGUGGUCUACCCCUACUGGGUUCGUUAUUCUUCUACCAACACCAAGCAAUGAAAAACGGCCUUAGAAAAAAGCGCCUCUCUGCUCAGCUCGGAUUACACUCCUCCCUGCCAUGGUGGAAACAGGCAUAUGAACUAUUAUGGGUUGAGCUCGAUCUCCCAGGUGCUCUCCUUCUCCUAGCAGGUUUGGCUUUAACAUUAAUACCUAUCUCGUUGACGGGAGCGAAUCGAAGUGAUCGGUGGCAGAGUGCUACAUUCAUUGCAUUACUCGUCGUGGGUAUUGUGCUUCUCGUUCUCUUUGUUCUCUGGGAUAUUUUCGCUGCCGAGAAGCCCUUCAUACCUUACAGGAUGAUUAGGAGUAAGACAGUCGCGGCUGCUUGCCUAUUAGGAGCGUUGGACUUUCUUCACUACUCCAUGUUCACCGUGUUCUACAGCAGCUAUCUUCAGGUGGUGGGUGGAUAUUCUCCCGGACAUGCGACUAGGAUCGAUAACGCCCUUCGCGUAUCUUUCCAAGUAUCGGGCAUCUUCGCUGGUCUUUUCAUGAAAUACACCAAGCGGUCGCAAAUCUGGGUGCUAACCGGGGCUCCUCUCUGCGUCCUUGGCAUGGGCAUCCUCCUUUAUCUAAUCGACAUGGGAGACGGUAGAAUGGGUAACGAGGCGUCAUUCGUAACAGCAAAAGCACUAAUUGGUAUUGGUCGUGGAUUCUAUCAAACUGCAUCGCAAGUCUCGGCCCAAGCUGUAGUAUCCAAGCAGGAGAUCUCGGUUGUGACGGCUGUAUUCUUCGCAUCGAUGGGAGUAGGCGGGGCAAUUGGUACCAGCAUAUCGGGGGCAAUAUGGAGAAACAACCUUCCCACAAAGCUACGAAAGUACCUUCCCGAUGAGCUAAAGCCCCAAGCCACGGCUAUCUUCCAGUCUAUUGUCACGGCUAAGAAGUAUGCCAGGGGAACGCCAGCCAGGGAGGCUAUUGAUCGCAGUUAUCGGGAGACACAACGGCUCUUGGCUAUUGGAGGUUUGUGUGCUGUGUCGCCGAUGCUAAUCGUCAUGUUCUUCCUGAAGAAUGUGCAUCUUGACAAGCGAGAUAACGUGGUCGGAGAAGCGGAGGAGAGAUCGGAUAAAAUAGAGGGUGGAUCACGCAAGCAGGCGUCUUGAGGGAAAAGCUUCUGGUUGUUGAAUGGCUCUUUGCUUUAUAUUUUCGGUGGUGGGUGUAGGCUUGUGUUAUGAAUUCCCAGGUAUUCCAUGGUAGUUAACAGAUAUUGCUCUAGGAGGCAAAAGCCAAGUAGCUUGGGAUGAAAUGUGGUCCAAACAGUGAACUUCUAGUGGAUGUUGUUCGCAUAUCAAGGGAAUUAAAACACCUUUUGCUUGUUGGCUAGUGCUUAUGUAUUUCAGGAAGAGCAUAACAAAAC